AUGGAAGUCAAAGGGAAAAAGAAAUUCCUGGGAAAAGGCACAGAGACCUCACAUGGAAAACCCAGACUUCCCAAGAGCGGUGGUUCUGAUUCUUCAAAGACGUUCCCAAGGAAACUUGUUAAGGAUGGUGGACAUAAAGCCACAUCUCUGAACUUCGGGAAAAGUGCCACAAAACCUGGGAAGAAGACUGUGAAACAGUUCAAGAGUAAGCAGCAAGGGGACAAAGCAGCAAAGGGCAAGUUCCAGCAGCCCAAUAAAUUCAGCAAGAAGAGAAGGUUCCAGCCAGACAGCCAAAGUGAUGAAUCUGCCGCCAAGAAACCUAAAUGGGACGAUUUCAAGAAGAAGAAAAAAGAGCUAAAACAGAGCCGGCAGCUCAGUGACAAAACCAACUAUGACGUCGUGGUCCGGGCCAAGCAGAUCUGGGAGCUGUUGAGGAGAAAAGACUGUGACAAAGAAAAGAGAGUGAAGCUAAUGAGAGACCUGCAGAAGUUGAUUCAAGGGAAAAUCAAGACGAUUGCCUUUGCCCAUGAUUCCACGCGUGUGAUCCAGUGCUAUAUUCAGCACGGGAGUGAGGAGCAGAGGAACAAGGCCUUCGAAGAACUGCGAGAGAAUUUUGUUGAACUGAGUAAAGCCAAAUAUUCCAGAAAUGUUGUCAAGAAGUUCCUCAUGUAUGGGAGCAAACCACAGAUUGCGGAGAUCAUCCGCAGUUUCCGGGGCCACGUCAGGAAGCUGCUUCGGCACGCAGAGGCCUCGGCCAUCGUGGAGUAUGCCUACAACGACAGGGCCAUCCUGGAGCAGCGGAACCUGCUGGCCGAGGAGCUCUACGGGAACACCUUCCAACUCUACAAGUCACCAGACCACCCCACCCUGGACAGAGUCCUGGAGGCACAGCCCACCAAACUGGAGCUGAUAAUGGACGAAAUGAAACAGAUUCUGAUGCCCAUGGCCCAGAAGGAAUCUGUGAUCAAGCACUCAUUGGUACAUAAAGUGUUCUUGGACUUCUUUACCUACGCACCCCCAAAACUGAGAUCGGAAAUGAUCGAAGCCAUCCGAGAAGCGGUGGUGUACCUGGCGCACACACACGACGGUGCACGCGUGGCCAUGCACUGUCUCUGGCACGGCACCCCCAAGGAUAGGAAAGUAAUUGUGAAAACGAUGAAAACUUAUGUUGAAAAAGUGGCCAAUGGCCAGUACUCCCACCUGGUAUUACUGGCAGCCUUUGAUUGUAUCGAUGACACGAAGCUCAUGAAGCAGAUCAUCAUCUCGGAACUUAUCAGCUCCCUGCCUAACAUAGUCAACGACAAAUACGGAAGGAAGGUCCUGCUGUACUUGCUGAGCCCUAGAGAUCCCGCACACACGGUCCGAGAGAUCAUCGAGGUUCUGCAGAGAGGAGAUGGGAAUGCACACAGUAAGAAAGACACUCAGACCCGCCGGCGGGAGCUCCUGGAGGCCAUCUCCCCGCCUCUGUUAAGUCACCUGCAGGGACAUACCCAGGAGAUGGUGCUAGACAAAUCCACAUGUGUGCUGGUGACCAACAUCCUGGGCUCCGUCCUGGGAGACGUCCAGCCCGCCAUGGCGGCCAUCGCCAGCCUGGCCACCGGAGAGCUACGUCCCGGGGGCCAAGAUGGAGAGCUGCACCUGGCGGAGCACCCUGCCGGCCAUCUGGUUCUGAAGUGGCUCAUAGAGCAAGAUGGGAAGAUGAAGGCCAGCGGAAGAGAAGCGUGUUUUGCGAAAACGCUCGUGGAGCACGUUGGGAUGCAGAACCUGAAGUCCUGGGCGAGCGUCAAUCGGGGCGCCAUUGUUCUUGCCUGCCUCCUCCAGAGCGCUGAUCAGGAAGUGGCGCAGAGAGUGAGAGCUGGACUCCAGAGCCUGGUUCCCACGCUGGAGAAGACCAAGCACAUGAGCAAGGGAGUGGAGGCACUCCUGGAAAAGCUGAUGGCGUAA